CACGGUACAAGUAAAGAGUACUUCUCGAAAGGGAAAUGGGAAUUGCCAAAGCUCGCAACCAUCAAGAUAGUUCUCCAGUAAAAACUUCGUCAUCGACCGAUGUGCAGUAAGGCAUCAACGUUAAACGAUAAGAAAUAGAUAUCAGGCAACCACGUUGACAGUUACAUAUAGCAUUAAGUUAGAUAUUCAGUUAAGUCGUAUCGUACAGGAAAAUGUGGCUCUAAAAAGCUCCGGGCAACGCCAGAGAGCGGACUUUGAGAUUAUCUUCUCCAAAUACUGUCAACACGGUCAAGAAUGAAAUCCAUUUUGAAUAAAAAAGAAUGUAAAAUGUGUUCACGCGGGCAUAUCUUUGUACGGGUAAAAAUUAAACUCAUCUGUUAAAUAUCCGGAGGAAAAAUUAGACGGUUCAGAUGCAGUUCAGUCCUCAAACGGCAGGAAAGCGAAGCCGGAAGUGCGGCGCAGGCGGUGUAUCAUCUUUGAUACCCUCCUCCUCAGAGCUGAUUGGUUGCGACCCGAAGACGGAGGAGGCCGAGCUGAGUCCUUGUGUCGCUGCCAGAGUUCAGUGAGACUCCGCGGGUGACCUUGCUGCUGAGUGCCGAGCACAAACAAAACACCGACCAGGGGAAAUAUGACAAGCCCAAGUUUAGCAGCGAUGCCCAGACCGGGAUUCACGCUAUCCAAAGAGCACUUUGUGGUCGCGUUGCCGGUUGCGGUGGUAGCGGCCGUCGGCGGUUUCCUCGUCAGCCAUUACCUGAGUGGGCAGAGCUGUAAAAAGGGCCUGGUGAACACGACCAUCAGUAAAGACAGCCCCAAAGUGGUCCACAGCUUCGACAUGGAGGACAUCGGCACCAAGGCGGUGUACUGCCGCUGCUGGAAGUCAAAGAAGUUCCCUUACUGCGACGGAGCCCACGCCAAGCACAACGACGAAACCGGGGACAACGUGGGGCCGCUGAUCAUCAAACAGAAGGACGCUUAGGCCAACUUCAACCCCCCCCACCUCCCUAUUUCUCUCGUGUGCCUGCCCCCCCCCCCCCGAUAUUGUCCAAUCAUGUACCGCCGUCCCACAGUUUACGGUUUGCCGCUGUCGCAAUCGUAUCAAACGAUUCUUCAUAGCCCUGAAUUUUUUUCUUUCAACAGACGGCGCUGAAAAUGUUUGCGAAUUUAAAUGUCACGCCGACGUGACUUUGAGGUCAAAGGUCAUCGGUGGAGCGAUAACGAAAGGACUUUGACAAUCGUCAGUUUGCUUUUUCACCAACUCAAUGUGAAGAGUCUGGAUCAAAUUCUCACUGGACCUGAUAGAAGCAAAAUAUUUCACCAUGCAGGCAUUUCACCUGUGUUGUGUCCCCCCCCCCCCCACACACACACACCUCCUCCCUUCCUUCUUACCUCUCAUGGGUGUGGAGCAGGUGGUCGCACCGUGAUUACUGGCACCUCAGCCGGCCCAAUAUUUAAAUUAGAAUUAAGCGAAGGCCUUGUAUUUAAAUCUACAUCCUACGGCCCAGAUUCUGUUCUCGCAACAACCCGUAUGAAUGUCGCGUGUUUCGAUGUUUGCACUAAGAGCUGCUCGGCAUAAAAAAACAAAAACGGAAAGCUUUUCUUCUUCUUUUUUCUUUCAAUGAAAUAGUACUCUCCAAAAACUAGUACGCCUUGAAACACUGUCUCGCUGUUGGUAACCAGUAGCUGUCUGCUGUCUGAGGAAAUCUGUGUUAAAAAACAAUGCAUAUGAAUGAUAUCUAUAUAUAUGUUUUGCUGAUUUCAAAGUUAGAUUUGUUUUCUACUGGCUGCGCUGUCUGACUCGUCGUUCUGUACAUUGUUAAUAAAACUUGUAAGUGUUCUGAU